UACUGAAAUAGGUCUUGCUGUUCUUUUUUUUUUAUUUGUCUUUUGCUGAAGUCGAGGGUGGGUGAAUUGGGAGGAAGGUAGAAAAUUCAGAAGUUCUCAGUUUCAUUUGUUAAUUACUAAUGUUGUUGAAUGAAUUUGGAGAGGAGGCUAAAUAAAUAAAAUAAACAGUACAUUUAAGAGACAAAUAAUUACAAUGGGACCUUUGUCUACCGCUGGAAGGACUGUGGAUACAAAACAGUGUUUGUCUUUUUGCUGGGGGGAAAAAAAAGAGAAUUGUUGCUGUAAUAUGUGACAAAGUGCCUUUGACAGCAGUUUUCUAAUGAUGAUGUGAUUUAUGAUUUAAAAGGCCUGAACCAAUAUGGAAAUAUGGAUGUUAUUCCUUGCGUCAGACGUAUAGCACCAACACCUAAUUAGGUCUCACAGAGCCCAACUCCUUUGAUGAUGCAGUGUGUGUUUGGAGAAAGAGAUGUAAAACUCUCACCCGAGGUCUUUUGAUGUCAGCUGUAGGGGUGCACCGAUGGGAGGGGUUAUUGGAACGUACCUCAGUCGUCGCGCUGUAGGCAGUUUGUGGUUCGUUACUUGUGUGGCGUACACGCACGCAAGAUCUACAACGGUGACAGUUACUUGUAAGUACCAACAGUCCUCAGAUUCACAUUUUUAUUUAAAUAAAUAAAAAUCCAGUCCUACAAUUAAAAAUAAAAAUAGUCUGCCAGUGCUACUUUAUCCAGUCGAUCCGAUAGCUGAUUUAUAUCUAUCCAUUUGACUAGUAACGUUGAGCAUGCAUUUUUGGCUUUGGAAAUUUAAUUAAUUUCAGGAUGUCUUUUUGAAAGUCUAUAAAUAUGCAACCAGAUCUGACACGGUGUGGACCGGAUGUUAGCGUUGUGCUAGCAGUUGCUCUCGGCGCCCUUCUGUAUAGUUUUACAGCUCACAAACAGGGCAGAGCAAGGCGAAACAGAGAACAAUGAAUCUGUGACUUAAAGCUGGCUUUGUGCUUCGGUCUGCAGUCAUUGUGUUAGUCAUUAUACAGACUGGUACAGCCAAGCAUCGUUCUACUGGCACUGCUCAUUUUUAAACCGUAUAUUUUGUAGCAUUCUCGCAUAAAGCGGUGCGAUUGAUCGAACCGUUUCAGUGACAGAAGAACCAAGUCGUCAAUUUGAAAAGUGAGGGCUUGGAACAGCUUCUGAAAGGUGCGGUUUGGAAGCAUCUGCUGUGAGGGAAUGACAGUGGAGUGCUUGCUAGUCUCUUGCUAGCCAGUUGGGAUUUCAGUAAAAUACCCAGCUCUAUAAAUGGAGCGUAUAUAAAAAAAUAUAUCAUUACAUUACAUUUAUUUAGCAUAUGCUUUUAUUCAAAACAACAUACAAAACUGCAUUUCAUGGUCAUUGGACAACUACAAAACACAGGUUCAGUAAGGCAGAAAUCAUCAUUUGCAUAAGUUCCUCUGGGAAAGAGUAUCUGUAAUAUUUGUAAUGUAAUAUUUGAGUGUAGACUAGACCCCUUACGUGGCAGUUAAAACCCUGCAGUGUUAGUGGGUUAUUUUGGCGUCCUUGUGGUGUUUCUGGUUGUCCAAGAGACUUUAUUUUGUAACAUUGGCCAGACUUCAUAAGAAAGUACGAAGCGUGAAGCUAGCGGUGUUUAUGAAUAAGCCCAAUACCCUAAUUGUGCGACGGUCAGUAUUUUUAAUCAGGGUCACCAGGAUAUUUAAACUGCCGUUCUCGGCUGUCCGAAACUACGUUUAAACGGAGAGCUUGCUUUCCUUCGUUCUGUCACAGCUGCUUGUUUAAAAACAAACGGCUUUCUGAUUGUUAGUAUGGAUUUUCAAACGGAAGCUAUUAUCUUCCCCUUAAAUGAAGGCGGCGAUUCCUUGAGCUUCGGGCUGCCGAGUUUUUUGUCCUGAUGCGCCCUCUAAUGGGCAGAGUGAGAAUGACAUUUGCGGUAAUGCGGCAGCAUUUUGGUUGUGCGUAUUAGACUAAUAUUCUGCCCUGGGUAUUGGACAAGAAAAUCGGUGCACCCCUAGUUAACAGCGUUUCUGUAAUUUUUUUUGUCCUAACAUUUCAAGUUUAUUUUGAUCCACAUAAAGGUGUUGCUGGGAUACCAGACAGGUACAUUAUUACUGUCAUUAUUAUUUUAAACACAUGAUUGAACAUUUUUAAGCAGAUCACAUCAUGAAUCCACAUAUCAUUUUUUAAAUUCAUUAAAUACAUUACAUGGUGUUUUAGAUAUUGGGGGAAACUUGGAUUUGAUAUAGAGUUUAUGAUUUUGACGGGAAUUAAAUGUGCCAAGGUUUUUUUUUUUUGUUGUUAAUGCUUUGAGUUGUUGAAAUCUUUAUUUCUUGAGUAAUUUGAAACUAAACAUGAGAAAGAAAGGGGGAAAAGAAACUUAAACUUUUUUGUGGCCUGUGUACUCAUUAUUGCUUGUUCGUCUUUUGCAAUUUAGAUAAAUGAUAUAAGAUUAAACUCAAGGUGGUUGAGUCUCGAGCGGUAGGCACUGAAGAAAGCCCAGGAAAAGGCCUCUCUCUGCAGGAGAGUUCGGGCGCUCCCGGAGGCCCCCCUGCGGAACGCACGGAAGACUCCGGAAGCUUUGGCUUUGUUGGUGUCGAUGCACUCUGUUCUGUGGAUCUUGUUGCAACCCCCCCCCCCUCACCUCACCUCACCCACCCCCCUCCCUCAAAAAAAAACAAAAGAAAAAAAAUCGACUCAGUGACAUCGUAUCACGUUUGGGAGACGGAUGAGAGAAACUCCCCUCCACUGGAAAAAUUUCCCCAAAUGAAAUGAACCCGGACAGCAAGAUGAUGCAGAUAAACCUGACGGGGUUCCUGAACGGGAAGAACGCGCGCGAGUUCAUGAAGGACCUGUGGCCCCUGCUGCUGAGCGCCCAGGACAACAUCGCCGGCAUUCCCACCGCCUUCCUGGAGCAGAAGAAGGAGGAGAUCAAACAGAGACAGAUUGAGCAAGAGAAGUUGGCCUCCCUGAAGAAGAUGGAUGAAGAGAAGAAGGAGAAGGAGAACAAGGAAAACCGGGAGAAGGAUCAACCCAAAAGUCCCAGAAGGAAGAAGUCCAGAUCACCGUCACCACGGAGACGGUCCCCAGCGAAGAGGGACAGGAAGCGCAGUCACUCCCGCUCCCCCCGUCGCAAGCCCAGCCCCGUCGCCGCCUCGCCCCCUCCCGCGCCGCCCAAAAACCUGCAGGAGCCCCUGCCGGAGCCCGACCAAUCACAGAGCGCCCAGCCCCAGCCGCUCAUACAGGAGGCCUCCUCCACCAGUGACGUGUUGAAGGAGGUGAAGCCGGAUUCCGCGCAGGAGGCGAAGGAGGCGUUCCCGGAGGCGGCGGUGCAGAAGGAGGAGAAGGCGCGGCCGCGAGAGCGGGAGAAGGACGGGCGCAGGGACAGGCCCCGGCACCGCUCCAGGUCCCGCUCCAAAUCCCGGUCCUGCUCCCGGUCCCGCCGCAGACCCCGCUCCCGCUCCAGGUCCUACUCCCCCCGGCGGAGGCAGAGCCCCCGGAGGCGCGGAGGCUCGCCCCGCAGACGGAGCCCCCCCAGACGGGGCCCCCCUGCUCCCCGGCACCGCCGCAGCCGCUCCCCCGUCCGGAGGAGGCGCUCUCCCUCCCCGUCAUCCUCCGGCAGCUCGUCCUCAUCCUCCUCCCGCUCACCACAGAAAAAGGCCGCGAAGAGGGUGUCCAAUACCCCCCCUCAUAAGACUCAGCGGGCUGACCUCCCCGCCAGCCCCUCCAGGAGGCGAGGACGAACCCCCCCACCCACCGGCGGGAGCUCACCCCCCAAAGGCCGGCGCUCCCCCUCCCCUCGAACCAGGAAGAGCCGCCCCUCUGACUCUCCCUCCAGGUCCUCAGGUGCAAAACGCAAGCCAGGAGCCAAGAACGAGUCCCCCUCCCCCGUCCCCAAACCCAGACGAUCGGAGCAGUCCGAGUCCGAGGAUGAUAAAGGUGGGAAAGGGGCUGCAGCAGAUUCAGUGCAGCAGCGACGGCAGUAUCGCCGGCAGAAUCAGGAGUCUUCCUCAGAGACGGGAUCUUCCUCUUCCUCAGAAGACGAAGGGCCGAAGAGGCCGGGCGGGCCGGGCUCCGGGGCGGGGGCGGGGGCGGGGGCGCCUGCCCGAAACGGGGAGGUGAAGAGGCGACACAGCCACUCCCCCUCCUCCCCCAGGAGGCGUCACAGGGACUCCUCCCCCAGGAACGCCGCCGGGAAGAGGUGGCAGUCUCCCCCACCAAACAGGAGAAGACGGACCCCUUCUCCCCAGGCACGGCGACACCGUUCCCCCUCCCCGCCGCGGCGCCGCAGGUCCCCCUCUCCUCCGCCCAGACGCAGGUCUCCCUCCCCCCCUCCUCGCAGACGUUCCCCCUCCCCCAGACGUUACUCUCCCCCCAUCCAGAGGCGCUACAGCCCCUCCCCCUUACCCCCCCAGAAGCGUAGGGUAUCGGGCUCGCCCCCUCCCAAACGCCGGGCGUCCCCCUCCCCGGCCCCCAAGCGCCGCUCCUCCAGGUCCCCCAAACGCAGGAGCCCCCCUCCCGUCAAGAGACGCACCCCUCCCGCCUCCUCCUCCUCGCCCCCGCCCCGGUCCAGGAGGAGCCCCCUGCUCCCCUCCGCCCGCCCGGGACGGGACGCCCGCUCCCCCCGCCUCUCCCCCUCCCCCGCGGCCAGGGGGCGGGGCCAGCGAACGUCCUCCAGCCCCCAGGGCCGGCACGGCCCCGCCUCCACCACCCCGCCCCCCCAGCGGCGACAGCAGUCUCCGUCUCCUAGCAACAGACCCAUCCGCAGGGUCUCACGGACUCCGGAGCCCAAGAAAUCAAAGAAGACGUCUCCCAGCCCCCAGCCGGUGAGGAGGGUGUCCUCUCGCUCCCCGUCGGGCUCCCCGGAACCAGCCGGAAAAAAGCGGCCCGCCUCUGCGUCCCCCUCCCCGUCCCGCUCCGCCAGCGGCUCGCCCGCGCCCCCCGCCAAGAAGGCCAACAGCGCCUCGGCCAGCCCCUCCCCGAACAAGAACUCCGACACCGAAGCCGGAGGCAAGAAGAAGAAGAAGAAGAAGGAGAAGAAACACAAAAAGGACAAGAAACACAAAAAACACAAGAAACACAAGAAGGAGAAGGGCGCUGUGGUGACCCCCGCGGGGGACGUCCCGGAGGAGGCGGGGCUCGAGGGCGACCCCGAUUCGGAUCCCAAAAAGGACUCAGACAGUGAAGUAGAGGACAGUUUGGAUGACCUGGAGAAGCACCUACGGGAGAAGGCUCUUCGGUCCAUGCGGAAGGCACAGACGUCCCCCUCCCAGUCCUGAGGGGGGCCGGGGGGGAAACGGGGCAGGGACAACAACGCACCCUUCCUCCUCCUGCUCCUCGUCCUCCUGCUCCUCUGGAAUCUUCCAUUCUCCCUUUUAAGUUUGUCAUGGUGAUCUGGUUGAGCUUUAGAAUGUACAGUGCUGUUUUCUCCUUGGUGGGGGGGGGGGGUUUGGGAUGGGGAAUUUAACAUGGAGUUUCAGAAGUAGUUUUUUUUUUUUGGGGUGGGGUGGGGGUGGGGGCACUGAGUUUGUUUAAGUCCGUUGUUUUAUUUUGCAAAUCAGAUUGGAAGUUAACUGUCUUUUUUUGGGAAAUGUGGGAGCCCUGUGCAGGUUAGUUUGCAUCCUGGCAGCCCAUCCCUCUGCAUCUGUGAUCAGUGACCUUUAGAGGUUUUUUUUUUUUUUUUUUUUUCCCCUCUGCAUGUUUGCAGCAAAGCACUGAGAUUUGAAUUUUUUUGGGGGGGGGGGGGUGUGUCCUUUUUUCCCCUGAUACGCAUGAAAAGAAUAGUUAUACAAAGUUAAAUCCACUGAGCUGUUCUUUUUUUUUUUUUUUGUAGUGAAUGAGAAACCUGGAAAUGUAGCUGAAACUGGCUAUGAAAUCGAACCACAUGGAAGUUUUUUGUGUUUGCCCACCCCCCCCAUAAAAAUGACUGGGAGAAAAAAACUGUUCCAAAUUUGGUGUUGCGAGCACCACAGUGUGGAGACCUGCUGGUGGUGCAUAGUUUUGCUCUAGACUACCCUCAGUAAGUCCAUUUACAGUUGUAAGUUUUUUUUAGUUGACAAAUGCUAAAUGAUCCACAACUUACCAUUUUUUUGGUUUUGUUUUGUUUUGUUUCAAGCUGUUAGUCCGUGGGAGUACAUUGGACCUGUAUUUAAAUAUCCUGCUCUUGUCAUUUUUUGGAAAUUAAGAUUUUUUUAAUGAAAAUAAAUGUUGUUGAAUUUA